UUCUUCUUCUCUUCCUCUUCUCUUCUCCUUCUUGCAAAGGUUCUGCAAUUCUGCUUCUUUCGUGUUGUUUUUAUUCUCUGCCUGAAUCCCUUUUAUCCGGCAUCACUCUAAGGCUUUGUACACAUCAAUGCAAGAACCUGCUCAAAAAAAUUUGUGGUUGUAUGGUACUUUUGUUACUAUAUCAACUCCAAAAAGUUUAGCACAUGAAUCAACGAACCCAAUUAGAAAGGAUGAGGGAUAAAGUUUGAAAUUUGAUUUAAGGGUUGCAAUUUGGCUCCUAUUUGGUUUUUAAAAAAAUGGAUUUUUAGUUGAUUUUAAUAAAAGUUGUUGUAAAUGAAAAUUCUUACAAGAUUUUAAAUUUUUAUGUAUCAGUUGCAUAUUAUUUUAAUACUUUUUUUUUUACAAACUGUAAACCCAAGAACUCGAGAGAGUAGUAGGGUUUUGGCAUUUUCACUGAGCCAAAAAGUGGAAAAUCACAUAAGAAAGUAAUGGUGGGCACAAAUAAGAAUCUGGUGCUUACUGCGGAGGCGGCUGCUCAGCUACACGAGGGCAUAAAUUUGGUGCUCUCCCGAUGGACCGCUCUUCGAAUAGCCGUCAAUGAGUGCCGCAGUCGUGAUUCUGCCCAGAAACCCCAACAACUCGCCCAAAUACUCUUUCAAGCCCUCAUUCAAUCCAAAGAAAAAGUGUACACUGAUGAUCUAGAGAAUAUGCUUUAUGACUUCUUGGUGUCUCUGAAAACCGUUGCAGAUGAUGGUAGCAUUGAGGAGGUAGCAGAAAAGUUGGUGUUUAUGCAUGAAGAAUGUGCAGAAGGUAACUUUAACUCAAUUAAAAGCCUAAAGGAAACAAAUGCUCCAAGUGUAUAUUAUGUCAGACAGGAUCGUAGUGACGAUGAAGAUGAUAGUGAUGACGACGGUCAUGAUGGUGAUAUUUCAACAGAAAUGAGAGUUGAUGCUCCUGAUUCAAGUUUGAGUGAAGAGGACAUGAUGAUUGAUGAGACUAGCCCCGAGGAAGUGGCUGAAGUAGAAGCUGGAUGGACUGUAGUUGCAUCCAAGCGAAAUAAAGCUGGAAGAAGGAACUGAAUUAUACUCAUAAUUUAAGACCACACUCUAGAUUUUGUUUUCUUGAACUUCGAAAUCGUUCUUUUGCCUCUUGUAGUACUGUUGAUGAUUAUAUGUGAAAUUUGAAAAAAAUGGAUCUAAUGGCUUUGGGAAUGUUUGUGUUGCA